AUGGCAACAUCAUCGGCCGCAGCUCAAGAAAAGUCGCAAUAUCAUCACUUCAUCCCACGCUUCAUUUUACGAAAUUACUCACAUCUAGGUGAACUAACAACUGGUUCCCGAAAUUCCAAAAAUCGAGGCAAACAGCGAGGCAAUCGCAAGAAUGGACCACGCGCAGGAGAGCCAGUGCUUUAUGGCGUCAACCUCUCUCGUGAAGAACCCACAAUAACAGAGACAACCGUGGCAAAGACUUUCGGGAUGAUGGACAUGUACUGCGAUCUCGGCGCAUCUACGAAACGGCACCAAGUCGAAGAACAAUUAUCCGUGCUUGAAUCCCAAGCUGGCGAAAUCAUCAGCACGAUUCGGAAGGCAUUCGAGGCAGGAAAGGAUGAUGUUUGGGUGACAAGAACUCAGCGAGAUACUUUGAGAAAAUUCCUUUUCAUUAUGAAGUAUCGGGGUAGCAGAUUUCACAGGCGCUAUUUCCACGAAAAUGCCGAAGACUAUAACGCGGAUGAUAGAGAAAAGAUGUUGAAAUAUAUGAAGGAGAAAGGGAUAAAGAAAACCAUUGACGUGUGGUUCGACAAUAUCAAGGCCAUUAUUGACUUGAAGAUGGAUUACCAAAUGGGAUGGAUGGACAAGUUGAGAAAGCGAAUCUAUCCUGACGAUGCGGAAUGGUGCAUCAAUAAUAUCCAGGGAUUUUACAUGGCUCUCAUUACUCCAAACAACAAGGAAGAGGAGUUUUUACUCACGCAGAAUGCCUACAGCAUCUUCGAAGGUGCAUCAACCCUGAAACUCAGUCCCAUAACUGGCAAAUUGGAACUCUCGGCCUACACGGAAUUCCACCUCUUCGCCCCUAUAGCACCAAGACUGUUGAUUGUGCUUCGAUCAUUCAUCCUUCCCGUACCUGAGCAGGAUUCCGCCAACAUCCUUGAACAGAGAGAGCAAUUCCUCAAAGUUGCCACAGCUCGGCAUGCCAAUCCCGAAGAAGCAGGGAUGUUUCUCAGAGAUCUUCCCAUCACCAAAGCACUCAACUCGUAUUCAAAACUCGUGGCUGGUAAACUUGUUCUCAUCAAUGGCGGCCCAGCAGGGAUGCACGAUAGGUUUUGUUUCCGCUUUUUUCCUAUAUCAGAGGUCCACGUCCAGAAAAUCAACAAAGUCAUGCUGGAUGAAAGUCAUGCGAUUGACUUGAUUGUUUUUAAUAGCAAGGCUGCGACUCUGAAGACGCUUGUGAAAUACCUAGCUGGCCAGAGCGUGCUCCCUUCUGAAAUCAGCCGUGUUCGAGCUAUCAUUAAACUGGAACACGCAGCGAAGCUUUUGGCUGCAACUUUGCCAGCGGGUCAAACCCCGGAACUGUCGCAAGAUAUAUUGAGGGAAGAGAAUAUACCCAAAGACAAAGUACAUGCUUUGUUUCUCGAAAACGAAAAAGCAACGAAUCUCUAUUCCAAACUCAGUGGAAAACAGCUUGACAAAAAAGACUUCGAUCAAGCUCGCGCGCUACUUUAUAUGCGCAUCAAGACAGACACUAUCACACGGGGCCUCUCUGAAGCAAAGAGGGAAGAAUCACGGAAGAAGUUCCUAAGAGAAUUCGUAUACGGUGACAAGUUUCCAGCACAAGUCAUCUGGAUCUAUGUCAAACGUAUACGCUUUAUGAAACAUGGUGGGACCAUGAUCAAUGCCCAACAUAUGUUGGAAGAUAGUGUCCUACCAGGAAAAUACUUGUAUGGGGCAGAGGAUAUAAUUGCUGCUUCAAGAGAUUCAAUUCGGAAGGAAGAUUUCAGCCGCUUGAUGUUUCAUGCUUCUGCAAAUGGCUCUUUGAUAGCAAAGCCAUUAUGGGGUCUUGUCAGCGAGCUAACGCUAGAUGAUAACGGAAUGAGACGUUUGCAUGAGGAGAAAGAGCUGGUUCUGGGUGAUCAAGGGAGUAUUUGCGACUGCGGAAUUCUAAGACUUGAAGAAUUUGCAAAACUGGCACGACGUAAAAUUAUCAAAAAUAACCUACAGGCAGUACCCAGGUCACCACUGGACAAUAUAUUCACAGAAGGUGAGAAGAUUGAGCUCAUCACUCGUGAGAUUGUGCAAGGAUACAAAGCCGAGGAGCUAGGAGAGAAGCUUGUUGAGAGUGCCGGGUUGGAAAGGGCCUUGUUUGAUGUUGUAUAUCCGUUGUUUGGCUCUCGACAAAAGGGCGUAGUUAAUGGAAGAGGAAAGGCUGAAGGCAGUGAAGGGGACUCGAGCUGCCUGGUGCAGUGA